AACCGGCGCAGGGCCUCUGGAUGUCUCUGAGACUCCGCGUGUCGACUGUGAUUCAGUCGAGGACGGCAACAGCCUGCGAGCAUGCUCGAGGAAGUAUGUAGCAAAAGGAGCCCACGAAUCAGGCUGAGCAGAAUAUCAAGCCGGAUACCCACGUCUGGUCGGUCUUUCAAAGUAACUUGCCUUUGCCAGGCAUCGAGCAAGAUAUCCCUUGACUGUCGCAGUCUAGACUGAGUUCCACGGCGAAUGCCGUCAAACCCCAUCUGGUCAUGGCCAACCCUGUUGAUGAUCGGGAGCGAGAACCCGGCACAGCCCACGCUGCUCGACUCCAGGAGCUUGGACAUGUUCCGAACAGCUCAUCAGAUGGUUUCCUCGAAACCAUUGCCAGCGUGAGCAUGUUCAUACAGGACACCGCUGUCGAAUGUCUGGUCCUGUGUGAUUUCUGGUUGCCGCAGACUCCUGUCCGUUGACAAGAUGUUCCUUUACCAUCGGGCU